GGUGUCGUUCUUCUUUCCCAGCACUCUCUCAUCCGCCAUGUUUUCUGGCCGAGUCAGCCUUGGUCGUUCCCCGUAAGGAAAUGGCCGGAGAGCUUCAGGGGACCCCGGCGCCUUUGCCUCGGAAAAGCCCAGGGUGACGAGGCAGGGCAGCGGGGUAAACCGGAGCCGUUCUGCGCGGGGUGGGGAGGCCAUGGCGUCCGGCAGUAACUGGCUGUCGGGGGUGAAUGUCGUGCUGGUGAUGGCCUACGGGAGCCUGGUGUUUGUACUGCUCUUUAUUUUUGUGAAGAGGCAAAUCAUGCGGUUUGCAAUGAAAUCCCGAAGGGGACCUCACGUCCCCGUGGGACACAAUGCCCCCAAGGACUUAAAAGAGGAGAUUGAUAUUCGACUCUCCAGGGUUCAGGAUAUCAAGUAUGAACCUCAGCUCCUUGCAGAUGAUGAUACAAGACUGCUACAGCUGGAAACCGAGGGAAGUCAGAGUCGCUACAACUAUUUAUAUAGGAUGAAAGCUCUGGAUGCCAUCCGUGUUUCUGAGAUCCCAUUUCAUGCUGAAGGCCGGCAUCCCCGUUCCUUAAUGGGCAAGAAUUUUCGCUCCUACCUGCUAGAUCUUCGAAACACUAGUACUCCUUUCAAGGGUGUGCGCAAGGCCCUCAUUGAUACCCUGCUGGAUGGCUAUGAGACAGCCCGCUAUGGGACAGGGGUCUUUGGCCAGAGAGAAUACCUGCGCUAUCAGGAAGCUCUGAGUGAGCUGGCCACAGUGAUCAAAGCACAAAGUGGGAGCUCUCAACGACAACAUCAGUCAGCAGCCAAAGACCUAACCCAGUCUCCUGAAGUUUCCCCAACAACCAUCCAGGUGACAUACCUCCCCUCCAGUCAGAAGAGUAAACGUGCCAAGCACUUCCUUGAAUUGAAGAGCUUUAAGGACAAUUAUAACACACUGGAGAGCACUCUGUGAUGGUGCAGAAAGACUCUUGCUGUUGAUGGAGCCAGAGAGACUGCAUUGUGCUUGCCGGGCACCCUUCAGGUCAUCUGGCUCAGUAGGUCCAGACUGGAUCAGCUGAAGCUCACGUUGUGUCCAGAGCUCUUAGAGCUCUUGCCUAGAGGAUCAUUCUCCGAACCUUUCAUAUGGCCAGUUUCAAAAUGUCAAUUAAGACUAUUUUCCCUUGGUGGCCCUUUUUUUCUGGAGUUGAAUUAAGAUAUUUUUCUUAAUGUUUCCAUCAAGCUUCCUUAAAAAAUCCUCACUUGGUUUUGGUCAUAAUUUAUCUGCUCUUGUCCAGACUAUAAAUAAUCCCAAGGGUGAGAGAAAUCGGGGCGACAGGACAAGAAUGGUCAGACUAAUGCACUGGUCUGACUUUACAAGUUAAUAAAAUGAGCAAUUAAACAAUAAA